AUGGCCCUUGCCACCUGAGUCAUUUAUUGUGGUGCUUGAAGCUACGAGUCCAAGUAUCUGCAGCUCAAGAAGAAGUUAGAAGAUGAGUUCCCCAGAAGCCUGGCCAUCUGCAAAAAGGGGACCCCACAGGCCACCGGCUUUGAAGUGAUGGCAGCGGGGCGGUUGGUUCACUCCAGGAAAAGAGGUGAUGGCUACAUGGACAUGGAGAGUAAGUUUCUGAAGUUGGUGGCUGCCAUCGAAGCCAUCUUGGCUCAAGGCUAA